AUGUCUUCGCCGGCUUCCGUCAUGGUAUCAGAGCCACGGCGAGGUAGUUACGCCGCCGCUGUUAUUGGUUCCGGCAAAUCCAGUCAGGGGACUCAUCCUGCGUCUCCGAUCAAUAGAUCGCCUACGCGACCGUCUCCGAUGAGCAAUCCGCAGAGGAUCAACAAUCCGCAGAGGAAUAAUGACAAGGCAGAGCAAAUGUGGAAUGAUCUGAGAAAGAGGUUCUCACAGCGAGAUCCUCACCGAAUUUCAUCUCUACAGAACGAGAUAUACUUGUUGAAGCAAGGUAGUUCAUCAGUGAAUGACUAUUACACUCGAUGCAGGAUCCUUUGGGAACAGAUGAAUGAAUUGAGACCUCUACCAGUCUGUAGAUGCGAUCCCAGGUGUUCGUGCAGCCUUCUUGAGGAAAUCCGAACUGAGCGAGAGAUUGACCAGAUAAUCAGGUUCCUACAGGGUCUCAAUGAAGGAUAUAACUCUCUGAAGUCCAGUGUUCUGGAGUUAGAUCCCUUACCUGACAUGCAUAAGAUAUUUGUCAUGGCUGAAAAAUUUGAGAAACAAUUAAACAUUGCAAACAUGAAUCUGACUGGAAUAGAACUCAGUCACGCAACUGCUGCUGUUACCCUCAUUCCAAAAUUCAAUGAAGCAGAAUCGGAGAAGGAAAGCAAGUAUUAUCCUAAUACUCAUAUAAACUCAGUCUCUUUACAUUCUUUCUCUUGGAUUUUGGACUCUGGUGCGACUGAUCAUAUAGCAUGUUCUCUGGAUUCUUUUGAUGAUUAUUAUGUGGUUGAAGGAACUAUGGUUAAUCUGCAAAAUGGGAAACACAUUAGAGUUGAACAUAUGGGGAACAUAACACUUGGGGAUGGCAUAUGCUUGAAAAAUGUGUUACAUAUUCCCUCCUUUAAGUUCAACAUCAUAUCUGUUAGCAAAUUGCUCAAUAAUUCUCCUCACCUCCUAACUUUUACCAAUGAUCAGUGCAUUCUUCGGGGGAGUCAUGGGAGGACAGUUGGUUUUGCUAAAGAAGAAAAUGGCUUAUAUCUACUGCUUGAACCACCUCAGAUUACUGUUAAUUCAUGUAAACUUUCUGCUAUGUCAUGUACUGCCAAAACUUGGCAUCAAAGGCUUGGACAUUUUCCCAUGAAUAAAAUGAGCCUUGUAUGUGAUAUUUCUGUUCCUCACAAUAAGAAUUUUGCAUGUGAUGUUUGCCAUUAUGCGAAGCAUAAAAGGUCCUGUUUCCCUUAA